UUGGUAAUGUGGUUAUAGCUACUUUUACCUCAAUCUGACCCCUCCAACCUGUUCUAAUAACAAAAGGAAACAAUGCAUGCAAAAUCCUGACGUGCCUAACUGCAUAUAUCUCACCUCUCGUCGCCAUACUUAAGCUGCUGUGCUUUUCUACAUGGCUAUGGCUUCGUGAGCGCAUAUGGUCGUUGCUUGUUUAUGGUUACAGCUUCUUUAAUCCCGCACUGAAUGUAUAUUUUUGCUAGGCGCGGUGCUCCUCCACCUCUAGUCUCUCUUUCCCUAUUUUCUCCGGUUUCUGCUCCCACCUCGCCCCGGCUCUCGAGUCAGUUCAAGCCAAGCCAAGCUGUUCCAUCACCUCGGCGGUUGCCAUGGGUGGACCCACAAGAACAGCUUGUGAAUGAAGGGGAAGCCAGCUCGGAUAUAGCCAUUGGCAUUGGCUUUAACCGAGAUGAAAAUGUGGGUUCAGAGCUGUUUAGUCCAAUUCAAAGGUUUCUCAUUGUUGCUGCUCUUGGUCUUGCUGUUGCUGGGUCUAGAAAGAAUAGGCUCAUCAAUCAGCUGAAAAAGUCUGUGGAGCUAAGGGAUGAGGUUCUAUCAAGCAUGGAGCAGAAGCUUGACAAUCUGUGUGAUCAGCUGAAUGACAUUAAUAAUCAGGAAGAAACUAAAGCAAACGAUGCUUUUGGCUGCGACAGAAUUGAAUUUGUUGACGGUGGUUCCUGGCAAUGUGAUGAACACCAAGAACAUGUAGCUGGUUUGGUGGGGAACUCAGCUGUGAGAAUGCCUAGAGGGGAUGAGGUGCUGCAUUGCAAAAUCCCUUUCGGAAAUGAGGAGGAACCAGAAGAGCAGAAAAUGUCAGAUUUUUCAGAUUGGGGUUCAACUGGUUCUGCAGAAGAAAUACAGAUGAACACCUUUGCAAUAGACCAAGACAUGUUCAAUCUGAAGAAAGAGUGUGAAGAAAAGGAUGCCACCAUAAAGGAGCUGAGCACCGAUCUUCAAUCAUUUGCAGGUUCAAAGAGAUUUGCCGAAUUGGAAGACAUUAUAUGCAGGAAGAACACAAUGAUCAAAAGACUUAAGAGGAACAUGGUGGUCUUAGAAGAAAAGGCAGAGCUUUCUCCGAGACUUCGGAGACCAUCCCAUUCGUUAUCUAUCUCAGACAAUUGGGAACUUCCUGUCAUGGUGGAUAACAUACUCUAUGACCUGGACAGUUCUUCCUCUUCUGAUUCAGAUUCCUCUCCUUCAAACCAACCACAAACUCCUUCUUUUACGGUUCAGGAGACUCCUGUUCAGAGUGAUGUCCUCACUUUGACAACAACCCAUAAACCAGCUCAAGCGAAGGCCUCAAGGUUUUCGGCAGGGUUAACUGAACCAAAGACAAAGUCUAGAUCAGAAAGGCUUCUGACAGAAAUACCAACAAAGCGAAAAUCCAUCGGAAACUCUUCUUCGAGACCAGAGCAGUUGUCAGCUGGAGAGGACAUCAGGAAGAUUAAAAGGAAAGGUAGAGAGCUUCAUGCAAAGUCUAGAACAGAAAGUCCUCCCAAAGAAACAUCAAGAAACCAAGAAUCUUCUGGUCUUUCUCCUUCAAAGCCAAAGCAAAUGUUAGCUGGAGGAGACGGCAGGAAGAUUAGAAGGCAAACUCAAAGUUCAUCCAAGGAUACAACUCCAAAGAAGAGAUGGCUCUAGUUUUUUGGUGGUUGAUUCAUGGAGAAAAUGCAGUGGAGCAAGGCUGGAAACAAGAGUGAAAUUGCCUCGUCUUUCAAACUCAUUUACAGCUAGAUAUACAACAGGCUAGUUCAUGUAUAGAACUGAAUAGCCAAGUUGCUAAUAUUUAUAUAUACACACACACACACACAAACACAUACUAAUUAAUACUAAUACUAGAAAUUAGUGUUAAUUAUGAUAAAGGAUUACCAUGUCAACCGCGGUCUACUUCAAAAAUAGUUUGUGAAGCCAUUUUAAAUACAAAAGUCAGUAUCAUCCCCUAAUUUACUAAAACUAUAGAUGUGUUGUAAGCAACAUAGAGAUUUCCAAAACUAAACUCCAAGAUUAAGAUAGACAUCAAGAAAAAGUUUCUCUGUUUCUGUAAUUAAUUAUUUCAUGCUAAUAAUUAAUUUCCUUUUCUUUUGA